AUGGCUGCAAUGGCAACUUUGUCUCAAAAGAAAGGUGCUGGUUCUAAGGAUAUUGAGAGAUCGCAAAAGGAAUUACCUGCAUUAGAGGUCUCUGUAGCAUUUCCUCAGGCUACACCUGCAUCAAUAUUCCCUCCCAUGACAUCUGAUUAUUAUGAGUUAGAUGAUUUGCUAAGCUCGGAGGAGAAGCUUUUGAGAAAGAAAGUUAGACAAGUCAUGGAAAAAGUGUUUGCUCCAAUAAUGGCAGAGUACUGCGAGAAAGCUGAGUUCCCCUUCCAUGUCAUGCCAAAGCUUGCUGAAGUAUGUUGUGUAGGAGGAACAAUAAAGGGUUAUGGUUGUCCUGGAAUUUCAAUCACUGCUAGUGCUAUCGCCAUGGCAGAAAUUGCAAGAGUCGAUGCCAGCUGCUCCUCUGUAAUUCUAGUUCAUUCUUCACUGGCUAUGCUUUCAAUUGCAUUUUAUGGAACGGAGAAGCAGAAAGAGAAGUACCUUCCAUCACUGGCCCAAUUGAAUACUUUUGCCUGUUGGGCUUUAACUGAGCCCGAUCAUGGAAGCGAUGCGAGCUCUUUGACAACCACUGCAACGAAGGUGAAUGGAGGUUGGAUAUUGAAUGGCCAAAAACGUUGGACAGGAAAUUGCACUUUUGCAGAUGUAUUCAUUGUUUGUGCCACGAACACUAAUACAAACAAUAUAAACGGGUUUAUUGUGAAGAAGGAUGCUCCUGGUUUAAUGGCCACCAAGAUACAAAAUAAAAUUGGAUUAAGAAUUAUGCAAAAUGGAGAUACCCUCUUGAAGGGAGUGUUUGUUCCAGAAGAAGAUCGUUUACCCGGUAUCAAUUCUUUUCAGGAUGUAAACAAGAUGCUUCUUGUUGCACGUCUUAUGGCUUCAUGGCAAGCAAUUGGCAUAUCAAUGGGCGUAUUUGAUUUGUGUCACAGGUAUCUAAAUGAAAGGAAGCAAUUUGGAGUUCCACUUGCAUCAUUUCAGAUAACGCAAGAAAAAAUGGUUCGAAUGCUGGGUAACAUACAAGCAAUGUUUCUUCUUGGUUGGCGUUUAUGCAAGUUAUAUGAAUCAGAAAAAAUAACUAUCGGCCAAGCCAGCUUAGCAAAGGCAUGGACAACCAAGAAUGCAAGGGAAACAGUUUCCAUAGGUCGAGAAUUACUUGGAGGAAAUGGUAUUUUGGCUGAUUUUCUUGUGGGAAAGGCAUUUUGUGAUUUGGAGGCCAUAUUUACAUAUGAUGGAACUUAUGAGAUCACUAGCAUGGUGACUGGAAGAGAAAUCACUGGAUUUGCAAGUUUUAAGCCUGUUUUAUUGGCUAAAGCUAGCCGCCUCUAGGUUUUAUAAAAUGGUGGAUAGUAAAGCUGGAUAUAAAGGACCGUUCAAGUUAUGCUUAUUUAGGUUAUAGCAGUACCUUAUUUUCUUAUGAUGUAAUAGAUAGUGUUGAUUAGAACCAUUUUCAUCAAAUUUAUAUUUGUUCUACGGUUCUACCUCAAUA